GGGAAAGGUGCGCGCGCCGUGGCUCGCGGUAACCAGGGCGCGAGGAAAGAGGCCGUAGACAUGAAAAGCUCGUCACCGGUGACCGCCCCCACCUCGGACUGAAAGAUAUACAGAAGUCUUCAUGGAUAUAGUUGACACAUUCAACCAUUUAAUCCCCACUGAACACUUAGAUGAUGCCCUUUUUCUAGGAUCCAACCUAGAAAGUGAAUGUUGUGAAGAAUUUGUCGCAAGUCAGGAUGUCAUAGAGGAUUCACUGAAGAACAUGCUCAGUGACAAGGAUCCUAUGCUAGGAUCAGCAAGCACCCAAUUCUGUUUACCAGUUUUGGAUAGCACAGAUCCUAAUUUCCAAAUAUCCUCCUCCACAGGUGUUGGUCUUGAUGAUAUAAUGGAUGUGACAGAUGUAAAAGAAGCUGACCCUAAUGAUGAAGAUGACCUUAUUUUAACAAACAAGGAUACUAGUGGUCUGGAUGAACCUUCAGUGAUGUUAAGAAACUCUUCACGCUUGAUACAGCAGGAAUCUUCAAGAAGUCUUAGACCAGAAAAGCAUUCCAGUCCUGUGCAAGUGUCUAGUCCCACAAAGUCUAGGCCCUCUAGGAAGGUUAUACCAGUUGAACAAGCAAGGGUUGAUCAGGAUGCCCUGCACCCAGAAAAUGUAGAAAAAAGAGGCAAGAAAACAAGUAAUUUGGAGAAAACAAACACAUCACCUUUGCAUUCCAGGAGAUCAACAAGAAUAGCAAAUAAAGAACUAAAGGAAAAAAGUAUCACAGAAGAAGAGAAUACUCAAAAUCUGGGAACAGACAAAGGUUCUGGUGAAAUUUCAUCCAACACACUUUGUGUCUUGCAGGGAAAGGUUGACCGGUCUGAAACUUCGCAAGGGGAUCCACAUAUUUCACCAAGUCAGAUUAGUGGUAACAUUCUAGAUGUGACUAGGAAUGAUAUUAAUUUACAACCACAAAAUUCCUCUUCAGAUGUACAACAGAAAAAUGCAAUAGAAGGCAAAAUUGAUCAGGAGAUUUAUCAUUGUGAAAAAAAAGCUGAUGUAAUUUAUGAUAAAGUUCACAAAGAGCUUGCUCUCCUGUCUGGGGUUGUUGAGUGUAAUCUUGGUGUUAAUAAAGUUGUGCGCUCAGAAAUUAAAAGUGAGUGCUCAGGAGAAAAUGCAGAUGGUGAUACGGUUCAAUGUAAGAUUAACAGGGGAAAUAACUUGGAGAGUUCUGAGCUUGAAAGUAGUUCAGGUGUAAAUCCUGAUGUUGAAGAAAGUACUGUUCAAACACUCCAAGAAUCAAUGGAAAGUGAGAAAACGAGUGAGAAGCUAGAAUUAGAAAUAAUGCAGGGUGAUGAGGUUUGCAGCAGACCAAAUCGCAGUAGGAGAGGUUCAAAAAAACAAAUAUUCAAUUCAGCUAAAUCCCAUCUAAAGCCAACAACAGCUAACACUCACAAAGACCCAGUUGGUACAGUACAGGGCAGCUCAAAUUCCAAAACCAAACAAACUAGGAAAAAAUCUUUUAUUAAUUCCAUGGAGUCAAUCCCCUUGAAUGUGGAAUCAAGUCUGCAGGAAACACAAAAAAUUGUCACAGUAAAGAAAAAAACACUAGAUAAUAUAAGGGAUGAUAAUGUUCCUUUAGCGAAUAAAGCUUUAAAAAGGAAAAGACAUAUAGUAGCUAAAGAAAUUCAUUCACAUUCUAGUACACAAGUGAACAAACUGGAGGAUAUUUCAAAUGAUUAUCAAGGAAGUUUAAAGGAGACUCAUGCACAUUCGCGUGCAAGGAGUUCCUCUUAUACCAGUGAAAAAUCAGCCGUGAAAGUUCCACCCCCAGUAUCAUCAAAGGUGAACGUUCAAGGAAAAGAAACCGGGGAACAUAAAGAAACAUUUGAUCAAAUGGAUGAAAAAAUUAAAUUAAAAAAGUCAAUUCCACCACGUCAAAGAAGAAGCAGCAAAAGUGUUUCUGUUGAUGAACCUCCAUUGUUUAUUCCUGAUAACAUUCCUAAUGUGAAAAAAGAAGGAGCAGAAGUUACCUCCCCCACUGAUAAACAUGCAUGGAACCCUGUUAGGCACUGCAGCUCCUGUAGAAAACUUCACGGUAAUAGGUUCAUGGUUGGUUGUGGAAGGUGUGAUGAUUGGUUUCAUGGAGAAUGUGUUGGCUUAAGUCUCUCCCAAGCACAACAAAUGGAAGCUGAUGACAAAGAAUACAUAUGUAUGAAGUGCUGUGCUGAAGAAGAAAAGGUAGAAGUUGAUUCUUCAAUGGCUGUUGGCAACCACCAGAGAAUAGAUGCAUUAUUGGAACUCGAAACAUCUGUGACAAAACCUAAAUCUGUUAGCUGCCCAAGCGGGGCUCAAGAAAAACCCAAACAGACAGAUGACACAACAAAACACAAAGUCAAAAUUUCUAAAAAGGAUUUGAGUGAUGCAAGACAUCUAUUUGAUCGCAAGGACUCAGAGAUAAAAAGAAACAUUGCAUCGGAUCGAAAACAUUUUAAGUCUGCUACAACAUUUCAUCGAGUCUCUGAAGAAAAACGAGAAAAGUCUUCCAAAGAUUCACCAAGUAUUCCGUGUCAUGAUGAAAAAACUACAAAGCCUGGAAACAGUUUUAAUGAAAAGCAAGAUACUAAAAAGAAAAAAACAGAGAAGAAGGGAUCAUCCUUGCAGAGUUCUUCUCCUGCUACUCCAAAACCUUCUGUUGACCAAAUAAGACAAAGCGUCCGUCACUCUCUAAAAGAUAUUUUGGUUAAAAGGCUUUCAGAAUCUAGUUUAAAGGUUCCUGAAGAAAGAGCUACAAAAGUUUCAGCAAAAAUUGAAAAGGAAUUGUUUUCAUUUUACCGGGAUACUGAUGCCAAGUAUAAGAACAAAUACAGAAGCUUAAUGUUCAACCUUAAAGACCCAAAGAACAACGUAUUGUUCAAAAGAGUAUUGAAAGGUGAAAUCCAUCCUGAACAUCUAAUCAAGAUGAGCCCAGAGGAACUGGCAUCCAGAGAGCUUGCGGCCUGGAGGCAAAGAGAAAAUAGACAUACCAUUGAAAUGAUUGAGAAAGAGCAACGGGAAGCAGAACGAAGACCAAUUACCAAGAUUACACACAAAGGGGAAAUUGAAAUUGAGACCGAUGCUCCCAUUAAGGAAUCCGAAUCCAUGGACACUGAGGAUGCUGUUAUAAAACCAGCAGAAAAGGAGGAAGAGGAUCAAAAAGAUAAAGACAUACCCGAUGGACCUACAUCAGACACCACAUUGCAACAUAAAAAUCACCUGUUUGAUUUAAAUUGUAAAAUUUGCACAGGACGAAUGGCGCCUCCUGCUGAAGACCUUUCACCUAAGAAAGCGAAUGUUUUGAUGGGAAUAAUUCCUAAACAAUCAGAAAAUGAGGCAGAUAUCCACAAUGAGGGACUCCUUUCAAGCUCUACUGUGCUUAGUAUAGAUGCUUUGGAAGCAGAGAAACCAGAAUCACCCAAGGAACCAUUAUCUUCAACUUCAAGCUCUGAACAUUUUAAUAUUGCUGAAAAACUUGAAGAUGAAGCAACAUUUUUGGCACGUUUGAGUUAUAUAUGGAAAGGAUUUCUUAAUAUGCCUUCCGUGGCCAAGGUUGUUGUCAAGGCAUAUCCAGUAUCUGGAUCACUAGAGCAUUUAACUGAGGACCUUCCUGAAAGCAUUCAAGUUGGGGGAAGGAUUUCACCCCAGACCGUGUGGGAUUAUGUAGACAAAAUUAAGGCAUCAGGGACAAAGGAGACAUGCUUAGUUCGAUUUUGUCCUGUCACAGAAGAAGAUCAAAUCUCUUACACAUUGCUAUAUUCAUAUUUUAGUAGCAGAAAACGUUAUGGUGUGGUGGCAAAUAACAUGAGGCUGGUGAAAGACAUGUAUCUCAUACCAUUAGGUGCUUCAGAAAAAAUACCACAUUUAUUUGUACCUUUUGAUGGACCAGGUCUUGAAACCCACCGUCCAAAUCUGUUGUUAGCCUUGAUAAUUCGUCAAAAAGUGAAAAGACAACAUAGUGUUAAUCUUGAUGAUGAACCAUCUGGAUCGCUCAUCCAUGUUUCUUCAGAAAAAAAGAAUAGAAUUGAGAUUUCAAAUGAAGAUGAUGAGGAAGAUGAUGAAAAUGAUUUUUUUAAUUCCUUUACUGCUGUUUUACAUAAGAAUAGAAACAGAACACCACUUUCAGAUACUGAUGAAUCUCAAAAUGUUGCAGAAUGCAGUCAAGAGAUGAAAAAGCGUGAACCACCAAAACCACUUAGGUUUCUCCCAGGAGUUUUAGUUGGGUGGGAAAAUUCACAGUCUACACUAGAUCUAGCAAAUAAACCGUUGCCAGUUGAUGACAUAUUGCAAAGUCUGCUGGGUACUACAGAAAAUAAACAAUCAAUUAGUAUUCUAUCUAGUGACAAUACAUCCUUGUUGGAGGAGACUACUGACAAGAUGGAAGUGGAUACAUGUUUUGCAGAAACAUCCACAGGGAAAUCAAUUGAAACCGAAAGCAUAACUGAAAAAAUGGAAGAAAGCAUAACAAAAGCAGCAUUAGUUCCUUCAUCAUAUUCAGGGAAUUUACUAGGCCUUUCUUUAAAGGGGAAACCUCCUGAUGUAUCUACUGAAGCAUUUUUAGCUAAUUUAAAUGUUCAGUCAGAUGAAGAUGAGGUUAAUAAAGGUUUGUUUGAUGAACCUGCUGAUGAAAAGCAUGAAUAUGAUAAGAUAGCAAACAAUAAUGUAUCUCCACUCCAUGAAGAUUUUAGUAAAGGGGUUAUUGAAGAAGAUAAUGCAUCAUCAUCAUCAGAAAAUCUGUCAAGCCUGAUAAAAUCUCCAAAGCCAAUACAUCUUAAAAGAGAUCCAAGACAGGCUGCUGUAAGAACAAAAACUAGCUCAACAGACAGCAUGCAUUCUUAUAUAAGUAGCAAAGAUGAAAAUAUACACAAAGAAAAUCACACUGCUGAAAGACCAUCACAACAUAAACGGGAUAAAACAAAGAAACAGUCAUAUGAAGAAACUGAUUUAACACUCUCUAAGAGUGAGACAUCUACAGGGGCGUUACAGUUUCCUUCCUCUUCACUGCAAACACUGGAAAAUUCGGAAAAGUCAAAAUCAAAUGAUAAAACUCCUCCUAAAGAUCUUCUGAUUGAUGAUACUGACCCUCUACAACAAUUUAGAAGAGCGUUGGCAGCAAAUAAAUCUCAAUCGCAAUCAAAUGUAACCCACUCCGAAACUUCUUCCAGGCUGCCUCUUCCUGCUUUUGGUGGUAAUCUUGCAUCCAUGAGGCUGCAGCAGCCUUCGUUCCUACCACUAAAAGCCAACCCACCUGCAUUUCCAUUCCAGCAUACUCAGAGUUUUCCAUUACAAAGCAACCAGGUGUUUCCUUACACAACACAAAUACCACCUUUGCUUCCUACUCCAUUAGGUAUUGGUUUCCCACGACCUCCCAGGUUUCCUUCAGCAGAAACUGGAAUUCAUAACCCUUUGGUAGCUUGGCAUCCUGCUGGUCCUUUAUCUCGGCAGCCACCACCUUAUUUAGCACAAAUGACACCUGGGCCUCUUUUAGGUCCUGAACAAAUUAGGUAUCAAGGGCCUCAAAAGCUGUAUCAUAAAGACCACAGAGGGCCAGAAAGGCGCCACAGUGAUCCUUGGGAUAAGAAAGACCAUCUGUUGGACAGGUCACUUAGUCGAGGAAGCAGAGGCGAACACAGGCAGAGAUUUUAUAGCGAAUCACAUCACUCAAGGGAGAAGAAACACGAAAAAGAAUCUGAUAAGAAUGGUGACAAGGACUCUGAAAGAAGCCGACGGAGGGAUAGAGACAAGGACAGAAGUCAUGACAGAGAGAGAAAAGGUCGUGAUGAGUCAUAUAGGGAUAGAGAGAGAUCACAUUCUUCCCAUAGUGACAAAAACCCUGAUGGUAAAACACAUAAAGAAGGGAGAAAUAUGGAUAAAUCAAAAAAUGAGGACCGUGCACAUGAGAGAGAAAAAAACAGGGACAGAAACAGAGACAUGGAUGAAGAAAAAGAGAGAGAUCGACACCACAGAGACAGGGACCACAGUGAUAAAUCAAAGAGUAAAAGAUAAACACACAUUGCUUUCUAGGGUUGUGCCAUCUUUUUCUAUCAAGUAUCAGUGUUUUUCCAGAAACAAAACCGCAUCAUAAAAAAUGAACAACGCCUAGUAUGCCUACUGUGCUGUUCAGUCCUCACUGAGAAUUUAAAUAUUUUAUAAAAAGUGUUUUACACCACUAUACAUUAAAUAUUACAAUAUAUUCAUUUAUGAAUAUGCAAUAAGCUUAUUGUAUUUGAAAGUUUUGACUAGUAUGCCACAUUUCUGUUGUGCAUUUUGAGACGUAUUUGAUGUUUUAAUUCAGACUUAACUUUAUUUUAAUUGCACUGUUUUUAAAAAGCUUAACAGCUUCAGAGUCCACAAGGUGUGGAACAUAGAAUAUGUACUUGGUGCUGUUAAAAGCGUUUAAAUUUUAAGUAAAAUGAUUCAGUGGAUCAGUUAUGUUCGCAUCAGAAUUGAGUUAUCAUGGAUUACUACGUGUGUAAGCAGUUCGGUUUCUAUAGCUUUGAAAUGCACUUGCCAUAGGGGAAUAUACAUUUUAAUCUGUUAAGCUUACAUUUUUUUAGUAAGUUAAUUUUAGAAAUUGUUUGCGCUUUAAAUACUUGAAAUCUGAGCUUGUACAUUCUUGUGUUUUUGCUAUUUUUUAUACUGUAAAAUGUAAAUAUUUUAAGGAGUAUUUUGAUUCUAAAGAUAAAAACUAACAUAUUUUUCUCAUUCCGAUGUGUGAAAGAUUGUGUUGAAAAUUUGUUUAAAAGUAAAGACCGUAUUAUUCUUGCGUUCUCAUUUA